AUAUCCUUCGUAACACCACGAUACAGUUUUACUUGUCAAAUUCGCGUUUACUAGUUCAUAAGUCUGCAUACUGGCAUUUUAAUAUUACAUUUCUUUUAAAUUUAAAGUUAAUAUUGUACACAGCGACAUUCCCGUGCUUUGGCUGGCCAUUAACUUAAACAAAUAGCAGUUAGCUUUUGAGAAAGUGCUUCUUCAGAGGCGUGUUCCAAAGCUGCAGUGUGAACAUGGAUAGCCUGCCUGAGAACAACUCCAGAUACAAAGAUGUGGACUACUGGGAUGAAAGAUACAAGACAGAGGUCUGUUACGACUGGCUCGGCGAAUUCUCCAAAUUUCAGCAUCUAUUGGAAAAGCACCUCAAGAAAGAAGAUUCCAUUCUAAUUGUUGGGUGUGGCAACAGCAGCAUGAGCGGUGACAUGUACCGCGCCGGGUACCAGUCCAUCACCAACAUCGACUACUCCUCUGUGUGCGUCAGCAACAUGAAGGACAGAUACAGCCACUGUCCAGGUAUGAGCUGGCUGGAGAUGGACAUUCGCCAGCUCUCCUUCCACGACGCUUCGUUUGACGUGGUUAUAGAAAAGGCCACGCUGGACGCUAUCAUGGUGGACGAGAAGUCUCCGUGGGAAGUCUCUCCCCAGACGUCCGCUUUCAUUCAUCAGGCACUAGCAGAGGUCAGUCGCUGCUUGAAACCUGGAGGUCGCUUCAUCUCCGUAACCUUCGCCCAACCGUUCUUUAGGAAGCGCCUUCUUGCUCGCGCCGAGUAUCACUGGUCCAUCAAGCAGUACAGCUACGGGGACGGAUUCGAGUACUUUGUGUACGUGAUGACCAAAGGGGAGGAGCUUAGUCCUGAGGACACAGCGCUGGAGAGGAAACUGCAAGAGAAAGACGCUGAGUCUUCGCCGCCUAGACGGACAGAGGUGGACGAUAAAGAUGACUUUUUGUCACACGUACUUUUAUAGGUGUAUUGAAACACUUUUUUUACUGAUCAAUUGUCAUAACUUCAAGAUGUUUUAUGGGGUCACACAUGCCGGUACUCAGGUUAUAUCCAAAGUGUUUUUAUACAGAUUGUUAUAUCCUUUUUCAGGGCAAAAAUUUCCACAAUUUAUAUGCUUUUAGUGAUGAUUUUAAAGAAUAUUUUUCAUUCAUUUUUUUAAGAAUUAAUGUUAUAUAGAGGAAUAAACUCCUCUAAUAGGAGUCCACCUUGUGCUUUUCAAUCUCUUUCAAAUUAAAAUAAAGACGGAUAUGUUUAAAGUGAUUUUGUUGCAGGAGUGCACUGCUGUCAUCUCAAGUAUGAAAUCCUGGUCUCCAAUAUAUUUGUUGGGUUCAGCCGCAGAGUGAUAUGUAGCCUCCUUCGUCGUGUUAUCGCCGGCGUCAGUGUCUUUAACAGCCUUGCCGUCUCCUAUCAGAGCCACUCAGCUGCUUCUCAUUCUGCAGUCCGAGCCUGUGGCUGUUACGCAACACGCAAGACAAACCUUUACGUCCAGACUGUGCACAUAAAAAGCCACGCUGGCCUGCAUGCUAAAUCACUCUUAAAUCUAUUAAUACGUCACUCUGGUGUGCUGCUUUAGAUUCCAGACAAAAGCCGCUAACAGAGAGAGCCUGUGUUUGACACGGCUCGUGUGCAGCCGGACACAUGUACAUACAAGCGGUGGCUCGCCCUGCCUGUUAUUUGUCGAGGGAAUAUGAGACGCUUUGGUUUAGCGCCUCUAUGCUGCUUAAAUAUAGAAUGGAGAGGGCGGCUGGCAACGGUGGGGAUCGUGGGGCAUUAAUAAAGCAGAAAUCAUUUAUUUUUAAUUCCCCGCUGGAAUCUAAUUACGGACUAUUUUUAAAGCUUGAAGGAGAGAAAUUGUGCUUUUUGUGUGUCUUUUCUAUUUCCAUCAUCAAUCUCUCCCGUGAAUGUUCGUCUUUAAACAGUCAUCAUUACGUUAAGACACUUGGUAUCGGCCGACUACUGACUGACUUUAACAGAAAUAGUUGUUUAACUAUAUAUUAGCUCUGCCACAUGAGCCGAAGGCUGCUGGUUCAAUUCCUGUUUGAGGCAAUGCUUUCUGUGUGGAGUGCUCCUGGUUAUUGUGGGUUUCUCCCACAGUUGAAAGGACAAACAUUUGUUUACUUAAUGUCUCUAAAUAUGGGGUGUCGAAUUGAGUCACACCAGGGAUCAAAAUUUCAGCCCGAGUCACGGGAAAAAAGGUCAUAUCCUCAACAUAAGGCUUUGCUUCCUUCUACCUUGCUUCAUUUUUAGGCGUUUUCAAGAUUAAAUCUUGAC